GCCGCCGCCCGCAAUGCUGCUCUCCAAGUUCGGCUCGUUGGCGCACCUCUGCGGGCCGAGCGGCGUGGACCUCCCGGUGAAGAUCCUGCAGCCGGCCAAGGCGGAGAAGGAGAGUUUCGAGAAAGUGUACCAGGUGGGCGCCGUGCUGGGCAGCGGCGGAUUCGGCACGGUCUACGCGGGCAGCCGCAUCGCCGACGGGCUCCCGGUGGCCGUGAAGCACGUGGUGAAGGAGCGGGUGACCGAGUGGGGCAGCGUGGGCGGUGUGGCCGUGCCCUUCGAGGUGGUGCUGCUGCGGAAGGUGGGCGCGGCGGGCGGCGCGCGCGGCGUCAUCCGCCUGCUGGACUGGUUCGAGCGGCCCGACGGCUUCUUGCUGGUGCUGGAGCGCCCCGAGCCGGCCCAGGACCUCUUCGACUUCAUCACGGAGCGCGGCGCCCUGGACGAGCCCCUGGCGCGCCGCUUCUUCGCACAGGUGUUGGCUGCGGUGCGCCACUGCCACGCCUGCGGGGUGGUGCACCGCGACAUCAAGGACGAGAACCUCCUGGUGGACCUGCGCUCCGGGGAGCUCAAGCUCAUCGACUUCGGCUCGGGCGCGCUGCUCAAGGACACGGUCUACACGGAUUUCGACGGCACCCGGGUGUACAGCCCCCCCGAGUGGAUCCGCUACCACCGCUACCACGGGCGCUCAGCCACCGUCUGGUCUCUGGGUGUGCUGCUUUAUGACAUGGUGUGCGGGGACAUUCCCUUUGAGCAGGACGAGGAAAUUCUGCGGGGCCGUCUCUUCUUCAGGAGGAGGGUCUCCCCAGAGUGUCAGCAGCUCAUUCAGUGGUGUCUGUCUCCGCGGCCCUCCGAGCGGCCCUCGCUGGACCAGAUCUCCGCCCACCCCUGGAUGCUGGGGGCAGAUGGGGGCACCCCAGAGAACUGUGACCUUCGUCUCUGCUCUCUGGACACGGAUGACGGGGCCAGCACCACCUCCAGCAGUGAGAGCUUGUGAGGAGGACCUGCACCUGGCUUGUGGGAGCCAGAGGGACCACCUGCCCCAGCCUCGGCCCUUUGCGGGUCUGUCCUGCUAGGGCUGGGUGCUCCUUGAGAAAGCAGUGGCCUCUGACCCUGGUGACCUUUACCUUUGGCACUGGGCCUGUUUCCUCUGCUUUGAGUGCCUUUCGAACGCUGCUCUCACGGGACUUGGCUUUCUCAAGCUCUGUCUGUCCAAAGACCUCCGGUCGAAGCAAGGUCCCGCCUGUCUUGGCUGGGUGCUUGACCCCAAAACUGUCCCUGUCCUGUGCUUCCGGGAGGCAGCCCUUUGGGCCCCCAGCACCUCCCCAUCUGACCAAGUUGGACCAGGAGCACUCUUGUGUUCUGUGGCCUCAUCUCGCCUGGGCACAGGGUCCCUCGUGCCCACCUCCCUCUCCCGCCCUCGCCCUUUGGUGUUCGUCCGGGCACGUCUGUGCACAAGCAAUGCAAUGCUCAGGUCUCUGUGCCCACAUGGCACCCUGCCCGUGUGCGCUUGUAGGCCUGUGAGCGUCUAUUUAUGGUGUGACCCCCGUGGAGGGCUAUUUAUUGUUUAAUUUAUUUGUUGAGGGUCCUCCUCAGCAGCCUUGCUCUUCUGGGCCCCUGGGGGUGGGGAGAGGGCAGCUGUGUGUGGACCCCAGGUCCGACCCUACCUGCAUCUGUCGGAGGAUGGACUUGUACAGUGGCUAACUUAAGGGGAGUGGGCGACACUGCCCCCUAGGGGCUGUGCACCCAGGGGGGUGGGUUUUAAAUUAUUGACCUUGUACAGUCUGCUUGUUGGCUCUGGAAGCUGGGGGGUGGGGGGACAGAGUCGCAAGCCUUUAAUUUAUUUUAGUAGCUAUGUUUCUGUGAUCCUGGUGUGUAGGCAUCAGGGACGGGGGUUUCUUUCAGUUUAAAAGCAAGACGUCUGGAGAUCAUAUUUUUUAUACAGGUAUUUCAAUUAAAUCGUUUUGUAUAUAACGGAUAUCCUGUGUUUAUUGGGCUGGGGCUGGGGGGCAGAAGGGGCCUCUGGCUCUCCUGUGAGGAGGCAGCAGCAUGGGAGGACUGGGCUAGGCUCUCCCUCCCGCCCAGCAGGU